CACGGCGCUCAAAUGCUUUGGCGGGUUUUUUCCCCGAACUGCUGGGUUCUGCUUCCCUCGCUGGGAAACCUGGCAGUGGCUUUCUGAAAACAAAAGACCCCCACCCCUUUCAGAGAGACCCGAUUCCUACGUCUCCCUUCGGGAACGUGGGGACCACCCCCACUUUCUUUUUUUAAGUAGGCAUUUCCUGGUAGCUGAAAGCAGGACCUUCUGACAGCCUGAGGCCAUUUGGUCGCCUCCAGUUUCGGCUCCCGGAGGGAGAAGGGGAACCGGAGCCGGGCGGGCCAGGUCCCGGCCCCACCUGAGUCACCAUGUCCGAGUCCACCGAGCAGCUGGCGGAGGAGCUGCAGAUCUUCGGCCUGGACUGCGAGGACGUUCUGCUUGAGAAACUGGCAGAGCUUUGUAUCCUGUAUGGACCGAACAAGGAGGGAGUGGUAAGCGAGCUCAUAGCCUUCUGCACCAGCACAGGCAAAGUCUGCCUCACCUCAGAGAUCCUGAAAACGUUUGAGCACGAGAUUUUGAGCAAGAAAGUUUCCAAAACGUGGUCUAGCGCCACCAAGGACAGUGGACAUGCGGGAGCUAGAGACAUUAUGUCUAUCCAAGAGCUAAUUGAAGUGGAGGAAGAAGAGGAAACCCUUUUGAACUCUUAUGCCACACCCUCUAAGGGUCCUCAGAAGCGAGCUAUCUCUACCCUGGAGACUCCCAUCAUGAAAAGAAAUGUGUCUGUUCGCAGCCCACAUCAACUCCUCUCGCCCUCGAGUUUCUCUCCAAGCGCUACUCCCUCCCAGAAAUACAACUCAAGAAAUAACCGCGGAGAGGUGGUCACCACCUUCGGCUCAGCACAGGGGGUGACUUGGUCUGGGAAAGGAGGAGCUGGACACAUCAGCCUGAAGGUGGUGGGGUAUCCAGAGCCCCUGACUGGCAGCUACAAGUCCAUGUUUCAGAAGCUCACAGAUGUCCGAGAAGUUCUGACCUGUAAGAUAGAAGAGCUUGGCAGCAAACUCAAGGAACAUUACCAGAUUGAGGCUUUUACUCCUCUUCUGGUCCCAGCACAAGAGCCUAUCACCGUGUUGGGCCAGAUUGGCUGUGACAGCAACGGGAAGCUCAACAGCAAGUCGGUGAUCCUCGAGGGAGACCGGGAACAUUCCUCCGGGGCUCAGGUUCCAGUGGACCUGUCGGAGCUUAAAGAGUACUCUCUGUUUCCCGGGCAGGUUGUGAUUAUGGAAGGAAUCAACACCACUGGGAGAAAACUUGUUGCCACCAAACUCUAUGAGGGUGUGCCGCUUCCUUUUUAUGAGCCCACUGAAGAGGAUGGAGGUUUUGAGCAAACCAUGGUCCUCGUCGCCUGUGGGCCAUAUACCACGUCUGACAGCAUCACUUACGACCCCCUGCUUGACCUGAUCUCCAUCAUCAACCACGACCGGCCGGAUGUCUGCAUCCUGUUUGGACCUUUCCUGGAUGCUAAGCACGAGCAGGUGGAGAACUGUCUGGUGACCAGUGCGUUUGAAGAUGUUUUCAAGCAGUGUCUGCGAACCCUUAUUGAAGGGACAAGAAGCUCCGGCUCCCACCUUGUCUUUGUCCCAUCCCUGAGAGACGUGCACCACGAGCCUGUGUACCCGCAGCCGCCAUUCAGCUACCCCGAUCUGCCUCGAGAGGACAGAAAGCGGGUACAGCUGGUGUCUGAGCCCUGCAGCCUCGCCAUAAAUGGGGUGAUCUUCGGCUUGACAUCCACGGACCUGCUGUUCCACAUGGGGGCCGAAGAGAUCUGCAGUUCCUCCGGGACUUCAGACAGAUUCAGCCGAAUCCUGAAGCACAUCCUGACGCAGAGGAGCUACUACCCACUCUACCCUCCCCAGGAGGACAUGGCCAUUGACUACGAGAACUUCUAUGCCUACGCGCAGCUGCCAGUCACCCCGGAUGUCUUCAUAGUGCCAUCGGAGCUGAAGUACUUUGUGAAGGACAUCCUCGGCUGUGUCUGUGUGAACCCCGGGCGCCUCACCAAAGGACAGGUGGGCGGCACCUUCGGCCGCCUCUACCUCAGGAGGCCAGCAGGGGACGGUGAGGAGCGGCAGAGUCCCUGUGUUGCUGCCCAGGUGGUCAGGAUCUGAGUCUUCUGCCUGUUUUGUCGCCUGCUGUGCAGCCACACAGGUUCAGGAGCCCAACUGUGGGGCCCCAGCAGGAGCCGUCCUGAGGACAGGGCUGGAGGGACACUCUCACCUCAGUGUGGGGCAGGGCCCAGAGGGAGACGUGGCUGGAGCCUGCACGUUCACAAGGGCAGGAUGGUGCUGUGAUUUCCUCCGCACUUCACACACAGGAGGAGUUUUGGGGACACAAAAAUUUGAAUACUGAGAGUAACUACUGA